AUGUCCCCAACCACCGAAUCCCAAUCCCAUCCACCACUCCCCCUCGACCCAACCUCCGAAUACCGCGCCUGGCAAACCCUCCAGAUCUACUUCACAAUCCUACUAAACCGCCAACUCAACCGCCGCUUUCAACUUGAACAAAAAGCCAUGCAAAACCUCCCCGUCACCCACCGUUUCCGGCCCCUACUCCUCCUCGAACGCAUCCCAACCCUCAACCCCCCACCCUUCACCACUGCCACUACCACCAACACCAAACACUCCCAAUCCAGCAUACCCCGCAUCCUAAACAGCCUAAAAGCAAAAGUCCACCUGCUCCGCGCGCGCGUCGAAAAAGGCAAAGAACUCGCCUGCGAAAUCGAGCGGCGCAUGCAGAACCCGUAUAUCUCCUUCCCGACGCAUUUCUGUCAUACGUGCGUUGUGGACGGGGAGUAUGGGGGUGUGGAGGUGUUGUUGACGAAAUGUGGGCAUCGGGCCGGCGCAGUUUUUGGUUAG